AUGAUUUCAGAUAAUUACGCCUCUCCUGCCGCACAGCCGGUCAUCAGCGUAGAGCAGGAUGAGGCUUACGGUUUUGGUGAUCUCUAUGUCAGGAGCGCGGGCGAGUCAAUCCUCCACGAAUCCCCUCUGGUCCCGCAUGGCAGCAUGGGCAGCGCGCAGCCAGAGGCCCCAGCCGUUCCGCUGUAUACGAUCCCCGUCAGUCCAUACGGCUCGUCGAUCGCUGCAUCAGGACUCCGUUCCAAUGGGACUUUCAGCUAUCACCAAGAUCUCGCCCAUAGUUCCGCUCCGUUCGCCGGGCCAGUCAGCAACUCGGAUAUGAACGUCCCUCGCAGCUGGGCCUCGGCGUCCGUCGACAACCAUCCAGCUUGGAGUAACCAGACUUUCUUGCCCGGACAGUUUCAGUGGCAUCCUCAGCCUACCUACACCGGAUCGUUCGUUCCCCUUGAGAUCACGCGGCCCCUUCCGCAAGCUGCCUCAUACGAGCACGCGAUGGUACGCCAGGGUAUUCCGCCCGCCUACUUCGGCACACUUCCGCAAUUCGCGCCGAGCGGAUUCCCUUCCUUGGCGCAGGGAUCCCAGCCCGGCAGUCUCGAGACUUUUACGCCGUAUAUGCCGCAAGGGAACUCUUUCCCACAGCAGAAUUUGCAACCCACUAGGAUGGACACGAUGCCGGGCGCGGCGUGGCCGCAGGAUUACCCAGCAAUGGGGCACAUGUUGCUGCCAGCCGUCCCGUACAUGGCAGAGCCACACGAUUACAGCCUCAGCUACGGAUCCGAUACAACCUGGACCGAGCAGUACACAUCCCCCGAUUCGUACGAUAUGAGCAUGUCGCCAGAUACGGCCCCGGCCUUCGGCUUCGAAACUCCUCAAGACAGUCCAGAGGAAGCGGGCUACAUGCCCCCGGCUACAGCUAAAGCCGCAGCAGCAGAGCGCCAUGCAUCGAAGGACGCCCUCCUACUGAGGCUGAAGCGCGAAGGGAAAAGUUACAGGCAGAUCAAAGCAGAGGGAGCUUUUACGGAGACAGAAUCAACAUUAAGAGGACGUCUGAGAAACUUGGUGAAGCCCAAGGAGAAGCGCGUCAGAAAGCCAAUCUGGACCGCGAAGGACCUGGAAUUGCUGAAAAGGGGCGCCCGCCGUUGUCGCAACGGCAAGCGUCAGACUAAUGACGAUAGCGAGGACAGCGGCGACGACGCCGAGAUCAACGAGAAGAAGGUGGCCUGGCGCCUUGUCUCGGAGUAUAUAGAGUCGAACGGUGGGACCUACCAGUUUGGCAACACCACGUGCAAGAAGAAGUGGUGCGCCAUCAUGAAGCGCUGA